CGGCAGGAGUCCGCCAGCUGAGCGGAGGGGGAAGAGGCAGAGAGCACUCAUUCCUGACUUCACUCUCCGGAGAAGCGGCUCUGCCUGCGAGGCCACCAGGCAGCACAGGCGUGCGACUUUUGGAGACUUUUCAUUCAAGAGGCCGCCGGGGCCGUGGAGGGGCAGGGCGCGCCGCCCGGCGGUCCCGGCGCACCGGCAGCGGACAUGAGGGUCCACGAGAAGUACUCGUCCAUCCCGGCCGAGGACCGCAGCGUCCACAUCGUCAACAUCUGCGCCAUCGAGGAGGCCGGCUACCUGCCGUCCGAGGGCACGCUGCUGAACUCGCUGUCCGUGAACCCUGACGCCAACUGCAAGUACGGCCUGUACUUCCGCGAUGGCAAGCGCAAGGUGGACUACGUCCUGGUGUACCAUCACAAGCGCGGCUCGGGCAGCAAGACGCUGGCCAGGAGGGUCCUGCAGAACGACGCCGCGGUGGGCGGCCGCCAGGGCCAGCCCCUGCCCGGGAAGGGCAGCCCCGGGGGCAAGCGCGAGCUGGAGAGCCCCAUGGACUUCUACGAGGACGACAAGCGGUUCCGCAGGGAGGAGUACGAGGGGAACCUCCUGGAGGCGGGGCUGGAGCUGGAGCACGACGAGGAGACCAAAAUCCACGGCGUCGGGUUUGUGAAGAUCCACGCGCCCUGGAACGUGCUGUGCCGGGAGGCGGAGUUUCUGAAACUGAAGAUGCCGACCAAGAAGCUGUAUCACAUCGGCGAGACGCGAGGCUUCCUGAAGAAGAUCAGCUCGGUGCUCCGGAAGAUCACGGACCCCAUCCAGCCCCGCGUGGUGGAGCGCCGACCCCAGACCAUGAAGCGACUCUCCUACCCCUUCUCUAGGGAGAAGCAGCACCUAUUUGACCUGUCUGACAAGGACUCCUUUUUCGAUAGCAAAACCCGGAGCACAAUAGUCUAUGAGAUUCUGAAAAGAACAACGUGUACCAAAGCCAAGUACAGCAUGGGGCAAGGAGAGGGAAGAAAGAAGGACUCUGCCCUUUUAAGUAAGAGGCGAAAAUGUGGUAAAUACGGCAUCACCAGCCUGCUGGCCAAUGGCGUUUACUCGGCUGCCUACCCUCUGCACGAUGGCGACUAUGAAGGUGAGGACGUGGAGUUCAACGACAGAAAACUCCUGUACGAAGAGUGGGCCAGCUACCGCGUCUUCUAUAAGUACCAGCCCAUCGACCUGAUCAGGAAGUACUUUGGGGAGAAGAUCGGCCUGUACUUCGCCUGGCUGGGCGUGUACACCCAGAUGCUCAUCCCCGCCUCCGUGGUGGGGGCCAUCGUUUUCCUCUAUGGAUGCGCCACCGUCAAUGAAAACAUCCCCAGCAAAGAGAUGUGCGACCAGAGCCACAACAUCACCAUGUGCCCGCUGUGCGACAAGACCUGCAGCUACUGGAAGAUGAGCUCAGCCUGCGCCACGGCCCGGGCCAGCCACCUCUUCGACAACCCGGCCACCGUCUUCUUCUCCGUCUUCAUGGCUCUCUGGGCCGCCACCUUCAUGGAGCACUGGAAGCGGAAGCAGAUGCGGCUCAACUACCGCUGGGACCUCACAGGCUUCGAGGAGGAGGAGGAGGCCGUCAAGGACCAUCCCAGAGCGGAGUACGAAGCUCGAGUUUUGGAGAAGUCACUCAGGAAAGAAGCCAAGAACAAAGAGAGGCGCCGGGAUAAUCCAGAAGAGUCAACAAACAAAUGGAAGCGGAGGGUUAAGACAGCCAUGGCGGGGGUGAAAUUGACUGACAAGGUGAAGCUGACCUGGAGAGACCGGUUCCCCGCCUACUUCACCAACCUGAUGUCCAUCGUCUUCAUGAUCGCGGUGACCUUCGCCAUCGUCCUCGGCGUCAUCAUCUACAGAAUCUCCACCGCCGCCGCCUUAGCCAUGAACUCCUCCCCCGCCGUGCGCUCCAACAUCCGGGUCACGGUCACGGCCACCGCGGUCAUCAUCAACCUGGUGGUCAUCAUCCUGCUAGACGAGGUCUACGGCUGCGUGGCCCGGUGGCUCACCAAGAUCGAGGUGCCCAAGACGGAGAAGAGCUUCGAGGAGAGGCUGAUCUUCAAGGCGUUCCUGCUGAAGUUUGUCAACUCCUACACCCCCAUCUUUUACGUGGCUUUCUUCAAAGGCCGGUUCGUGGGGCGCCCCGGCGACUACGUGUACAUCUUCCAGUCCUUCCGCAUGGAAGAGUGCGCCCCGGGCGGCUGCCUGAUGGAGCUGUGCAUCCAGCUCAGCAUCAUCAUGCUGGGCAAGCAGCUCAUCCAGAACAACCUGUUUGAGAUCGGCAUCCCGAAGAUGAAGAAGUUCAUCCGUUAUCUGCGGCUGAAGCGCCAGAGCCCCGCCGACCACGACGAGCACAUGAAGAGGAAGCAGCGCUACGAGGCGGACUUCACGCUGGAGCCGUUCGGGGGCCUCACCCCCGAGUACAUGGAGAUGAUCAUCCAGUUUGGCUUCGUCACCUUGUUCGUGGCCUCCUUCCCCCUCGCCCCGCUGUUCGCGCUGCUGAACAACAUCAUCGAGAUCCGCCUGGAUGCCAAGAAGUUCGUCACCGAGCUGCGCCGGCCGGUGGCCGUCCGGGCCAAAGACAUCGGAAUCUGGUACAACAUCCUCCGAGGCAUCGGGAAGCUUGCCGUCAUCAUCAACGCCUUCGUCAUCUCCUUCACGUCGGACUUCAUCCCCCGCUUGGUGUACCUGUACAUGUACAGCCAGAACGGGACCAUGCACGGCUUCGUCAACCACACGCUCUCCUCCUUCAACGUCAGCGACUUCCAGGAGGGCACGGCCCCCAACGACCCCCUGGACCUGGGCUAUGAGGUGCAGAUCUGCAGGUACAAAGACUAUCGGGAGCCCCCGUGGUCGGAGAACAAGUACGAUAUCUCCAAGGACUUCUGGGCCGUCCUGGCGGCGCGGCUAGCCUUCGUCAUCGUCUUCCAGAACCUGGUCAUGUUCAUGAGCGACUUCGUGGACUGGGUCAUCCCGGACAUCCCCAAGGACAUCAGCCAGCAGAUCCACAAGGAGAAGGUGCUGAUGGUGGAGCUGUUCAUGAGGGAGGAGCAGGGCAAGCAGCAGCUGCUGGACACGUGGAUGGAGCGGGGCCCCAAGAAGGACGAGGCCUGCAGCAACCACAGCCCCCAGGACGGCCCCAACGGCCCCGAGAACCCCGGGGGCGCCCUGUAGCCGCCCCAGCGCCCGGCCGACGGGCACCUCUCCCGGGCAGGCAGCCCACCCCCACCAGGUCGGGUGGCUCCUGUGUUUGCAGCAAACCUCGAAG